UAGGCCCCAAAGGCCGAACGCGAACUCUUCAGGCCAUUGGCCCGAGUCUCGGCGAAGCUGGCGCCGCGGUUGGUGAGCCUAGAGGUCAGUCAGAGUCAGAGCCAGGGUCAAAUAGGGAGAAAUGGCGACGGAGCCAGGCCGUGGGCCCAUCUUUGGAACAAGAUCGGGGAACUACAUUCCUGCCUCACGCUUCAGCUUAGUUGGAGCUUGAGAUCCUGAAAGUCUCCUGGACAGCAGCCUUGCAGAGAAAAUAUUUUGACUGUGGCAUCUAGACAUCUCCCAUCUCCCCCAUGGCCCUGACAAUGCUGAAUGAGCUCUUGAUUGAGGACCCAAACCCACCUAUGCUGCUGUAUCAGGUUAGCAAGACUGCUCAGUUAGAUACCCUCAACUACCAGAGCUGCUUUAUGCAAGGUGUCUUUGCCCAUUUCCCUGAGAUCUUAUUUAUCCACCGGACCUAUAACCCAAUGGGCAAGGUGCUAUAUACCUUCCUGGUAGAUGGACCUCGGGUGCAGCUGGAGGGUCAUCUCGCCCGGGCAGUCUACUUUGCCAUUCCUGCCAAAGAGGAUGCUGAGGGCCUGGCCCAGAUGUUCCAGGUGUUCAAGAAGUUUAACCCAGCAUGGGAGAGAGUCUGUACCAUCCUGGUGGAUCCUCACUUCCUCCCCUUGCCCACCCUUGCUAUGGAGUUUCCCGCGGCCGAGGUCCUGCUCUCAGCCUUCCACAUCUGUAAGUUCCUCCAGGGCAAGUUCUAUCAGCUGUCACUUGGACAGCCUGUGGAAAGGGUGCUCCUUACUUCCCUGCAGAGCACGAUGUGCUCAGCCACAGCUGGCAACCUAAGGAAGUUGUAUACACUCCUGAGCAGCUGCAUCCCUCCUACCCAGCUGCCCGAGCUCCACUCACACUGGCUGCUCAACGACCGCAUCUGGCUGGCCCACCGCUGGAGAAGCCGAGCUGAGAGCAGCCGCUACUUCCAAGGCCUGGAGGUCACCACCCGCGUCCUCAGCCAGUUCUUCGGCACUACCCCAUGCGUGGAACAAGGCAUGGUCUCUCUGCUCCGAUACAUGCACCAGAACUCUGGAGACAAGGCAAGUUUUAGCCUGGGCCUGAGUCCCCAGAACAAUCAUGCCGCCUUAGACGUCAGCCCCGAAAGCCCCAAAGUGGAGCAGCUAGUAGAAGCCCGCAUCCAGCACUCCCUCAAUGCCAUCUGCACGGGGCCAGCUGCCCAGCUCUGUCUGGGUGAACUCGCUGUGGUCCAAAAAUCUGUGCACCUCAUUGGCUCCGGUUCAGAAAAGGUGAACAUCCAGAUCCUGGAGGACACCCAUAGGGUGCAGCCCCAGCCCCCUGCCAGCUGCAGCUGCUACUUUCACCAGGCCUUCCACCUGCCCUGCCGCCACAUCCUAGCCAUUCUCAGUGCCCACCACCAGGUGCUCCAGCCCGACAUGCUGCCAGCUCAGUGGACAGCAGGCUGUGCUGCCAGUCUAGACAACAUCCUGGGCAGCAAGUGGAGUGAGACACUGGAUAAGCACUUGGCCGUGGCUCUCCUCACCGAGGAGGUGGGUCAGCUCUUGCAGCACUGCAGCCAGGAGGAGUUUGAACGGAGGUACAGCACCCUGCGGGAACUGGCGGACAGCUGGAUCGGCCCUUAUGAGCAGGUUCAGCUCUGAUUACCCUAAAUGCCCAGAGAUGUUCAUACACACGUACACACUCACACCCACCCACCCACACACAACACACACACACACACUAUUAUACUCCUGCGGGCCCUCUUCCCAGGAAAGGACAAGGGUCUUCUACUACAGCGUGCUACCUAAAAUGUGUCUAGUUCCCUAAGACGGGAGUCAGCAAACCUUUUUUGUAAAGGGCCUGGCAAUAAAUAUUUUAGACUUUGCUGACCACA